AUGUAUUCUCUGAUUCUCCAUGGAAGAAGGUUGGUCCAAUUUCAGAAAUGUCGUAGUUUGAGAUUCUUAGUGAACCCUUUGCAAAAUGCAUCUUCUUUUUCCAGUUCCUUCUCCUCCGCUAGUGUUGUUGCUGAUUUGGGCCCUGAAGAUGGUGGAAAAGGGAAGAACUUUACAGUCUCUUACCUCGUUGAUUCUCUUGGUUUACCCACAAAACUCGCAGAAUCGAUCUCGAGGAAAGCCAAUUUCGAGGGCAAGGGUAAUCCUGAUUCCGUUCUGAAUCUCUUUAGAAGCCAUGGGUUCACAGAUUCUCAGAUCUCCACCAUCAUUACGAACUACCCACGAUUGCUUGUAUUAGAUGCUGAGAAAUCAAUUGGUCCCAAGCUUAAGUUUUUGCAGUCCAGAGGAGGAGCUUCAAGCUCUGAGCUCACUGAGAUUCUUUCAAAAGUUCCAAAAAUCUUGGCAUUGAAAGGGAACAAAGUCAUAAGCGUAUACUACGAUUUCGUCAAAGAGAUUAUAAAAGCGGAUAAGAGUUCCAAGUUUGAAAAGUUAUGUCAUUCUUUGGCACAGGGUAGUGAGCAGGAGAAUAGAAUGAGAAAUGUAUCGGUUCUAAGAGAAUUAGGUGUCCCUCAAAAGAGGUUGUUCUCAUUGCUUACAUCCGGUCGCGGACCUAUCGGUGGAAAAGAGAGAUUUGAUGAAUCACUCAAGAAGGUUGUUGACAUGGGUUUUGAUCCCACCACCUCAAAGUUUGUCCAUGCUCUGCGAGUUUUUUACGAAAAAAGCGACAAAGCUUUAGAAGAAAAAGUCCAAGUCUAUAAAAGGUUAGGCUUUGCUGUGGGAGAUGUAUGGGAAAUGUUCAAGAAAUGGCCACUCUCUCUAACACACUCAGAGAAGAAGAUAAGUCUGAGAUUUGAAACUCUGAAGAAGUGUGGACUACUUGAAGACGAGAUCUUCUCAGUGUUGACGAAGUUUCCGCAAUGCUUUGGUGCUUCAGAGCAGAAAAUAGAGAAUUCCAUUGAAACAUUUAUAGGCCUAGGAUUCAGCAGAGAUGAGUUUGCAAUGAUGGUCAAGAGCUAUCCUUCGUGCAUUGGAUUAUCUGCAGAGACAGUGAAGAAUAAGACGGAGUUUCUGGUGAAGAAGAUGAAAUGGUCACUAAAGGCUUUGGUUUCAAACCCUUCGGUAUUUGGAUACAGCCUGGAGAAGAGAAGUGUCCCAAGGUGCAAUGUAAUCAAAGCUCUCAUGUUGAAAAGUUUGCUCGCAAGUAAACUUCCUCCACUGUCGCAUGUGCUUGCUAUUACUGAUCAAGCCUUCUUAAACAAGUAUGUCAAGAUACAUGAUGACAAGGAGCUUGUGGCUGAGCUUAUGGCUAUCUUCACCGGAGGGCGUGUUUCAUAG